GGGUGCUCGCCCCUCGCGCCUUGUUUGUCCCUUGCGCCGCCCCGUCCAGUCCCGCGGGCGCUGAGGUGGCGAAGGCGCAGUGAGAGCCGGGGUUGGGGGCGGCGGUGCCAACCGGGCCGGGGGACCUCGAGAGGCUUCAGGUCCGCGGGUGGAGCCCGGGAGAGCCCAGGGGCCUCGGUCCCGCGCUAGGGAUAGCCCAGCCCCGGGAGAACCCCGAGAGGCCCCAGGGAGGCUCCGGGCCGGCCCCACAGAGGCCUCAGCCCCAGGAGAACCGGGAGCCCCGCUGCUCCCUGACCCGCGCUGCCCCCGGCCAGGACACCCCCGGUGCUGCCCCUCGCUGGGCUCGGUGCUGGUGGCCCCUCCGCCGUGAACCCGAGGUCCCGGCAGCGAUGGACGCCCUGUACACCGCCAGCGUCCGCUUCGCCACCACGCUGCAGUCCGGGCCACCCUGGCUGGAGAAGUUCUGGGUCACAGUGACCUCCCUGGCCGAUCCAAAAAGCAUCUUCACUGUCUUCUUCCCCCUCGCCUACUUCCUCGACCGCAGCGUGGGUGUGUCAGUACUGUGGACCGGGCUGGUGGCUGAGUGGCUCAACGUGGUGCUCAAAUGGUUCUUGUUUGGGGAGCGCCUGUUCUGGUGGGUCCAUGAGUCCGGGCUCGCCAGCACGGAGCCGAUUGCGCUGCGCCAGUUCCCCGUCUCCUGUGAAACAGGACCAGGGAGCCCCUCUGGCCACUGCAUGAUCACAGGAGCAGCCCUCUGGCCACUCGUCACCACCCUGACGGCGCUGGCAUCCACACACUGCAGGAGUGAGGCCAAACCUGUCCUGCCUGGCACGGUGCACUUGGAAGCGCUGAGCUGGACCCUCCUUGCCUUCCAGCCCGGCGGUGAAGCUGGCCCCCUUUGGCACGUACGUGCUGCUCCUGCUCGCCGUGGGGCUCUCGCGUAUCUUUGUCCUGGCCCACUUCCCCCAUCAGGUGGUCGGUGGCAUCCUGGCUGGGGCUGCCCUGGGCUGGAGGCUGCAGGCCCACACCCCGGUCGCCCGGACUCCGGUCUUCUUCAUGGCCACUGCGCUGGCCCUGCUGCUCGGCGCCCUGGCCCUGCACAGGCUGGUGAUCGCUGCCGGCAUCGACAUCGACUGGUCCAUCCAUCUGGCCACCAAAUGGUGCACCAACCCCGCCUGGCUGCGCCUCGACACCCGGCCCUUCGCCUCCGUGUGCCGCGAUGCCGGCAGUGCCCUGGGCUUGGGGCUGGCUGCGGGCUUCCCGCUGCGCCAGGGGCAGCGCCUGGACUACCGGCAGCGUCUGGCUGGUGCUGUGCUGGCCCUGGCUGCCAUGCAGGGCCUGCACCGGCUGCCGCAGCCAGCGAAUGUGACCCUGUGGUACGUCACCAGCUUCCUCAAGUACACUGCUGGGCCCUGGCUGGUGGCAUCGCUCCUGCCCCGGCUCGUCCUCCUCAUCUGCCCAUGGAGCUCUUUCCACAUCGAGUAGGGGUCCCCCCCGUGUCCUGGUGAGCCCUGUGCCCUCCUCCUGGCUUUGCCCUCGUCUGUGCCCAUCACUUGUGGCUCCACGCCGUGAGGGCCCCGGCCAGGAGGGCACUCCCGUCCCCUUGGGACUACCAGCCAGUUCUUGAGACCCAGGGCAGCAGGAACCCUGCCCCUGGCAUGGGGCUGGCAGAGCUGAGGGUGCCCCAGCAGGUCUGGGGACACCCCCACCUCAGCCCACUUCCCCUUGCACCUGUUCUCCUAGUUCAGCCUCACCCUGUAAGGUAGGGAGGGGAUGGACCCCCUUCCCUGCCAGGAUCCCCCUCCUGCUGGAGGAGACACCCUGUUUCUGGCCAAAUAAAGGCACUGUUACCAACC